UUGAUGGCGCUAACAAAGCCAUCCCUCUCGCUGCUUUCCUCAGAGAGUGAUUCUGAGGAAUUGCCCACACUUGCCUUUCUGAUGAAGGAGCCAUCUUCAGCUGACAGGAUUCAGCCUCAAAGGGAAAAGAUUGUAGUGGUUGUCACCUCAGAUUCUGAGGCCUCCUGUCCUCCCUCACCAGGCUUGGAAGAUCCACCGUUUGUCCUAGCUGCAGCUGAAGCUCUCACACAGGCAGGGCCCGUCAGAGUGCUAAGCAGCGGCAGUGAGGAUGAAGAUGUACUUGUCCCCCUGGCUGAGAGGAUCUCCUGUAAGUUUUUGACCCACAAGCAGCUGAACCCUGAGUGCUCUAGCUCCUCACUCAAAACAGUUUCGGAUCAUCAGCAUGAUACAAGUGGACUGGGUGACUGGAAAAAGCAGCCAUUUCCAAAGAUCCCUGAUGGUCCUCUCCACAAUGUCUUAGAGAAGAGCCCAGCAAAUGACAGGGACUCUGUCUCAGACAGUCCGGGCCGUCAGCUUCCACCGUACCUGUCGGCCUGCAGUGAGUUGGCAGUAACCAAUCCAGUUCCUGACAUCUCUCUACCUCAGAAGAGAACCAAGCACAGUCAGAAGGUCCAGAGAAGUGGCGCUCAGGGAUGCUGGCCGCCACGACAAGCAAGCAGGAAGGAAAACACCCCAAGGCAGCCUGAAAAGAAAAAGAGGACAGCGAUGGUCAAUAGGCUGAAAGCCCAGAGGCCAGAGGAAUGCAUGAAGCACAUUGUGGUGGUGCUGGACCCAGUGCUUUUACAGAUGGAAGGCGGGGGCCAGCUCCUGGGAGCAUUGCAGUCUAUGGAGUGCAGCUGUGUGAUUGAAGCUCAGGCCGUGCCUCGAAGUAUCACUUGGAGGAGGAGGAGGACAGAGCUGGAAGAGGAUGGAGGAGACUGGGUGGAAGAGCCGACCAUCCUGGUGUUGCUCCUAGCAGAGGCCUUCAUGUCCAUGGUCUACAACGGAAAGCAGGGAAGUACCAGCAUUACCGAGAAAGGGAAGGAGACACUUCGGGGCUUUGUAACUGAUGUCACAGCAAAGACAGGGAAAGCAUUGUCACUGGUGAUAGUGGACCAGGAGAAAUGCUUCAGUCUGGCAACACUUCUGCCUGGCUCAGUUUCGGGCUGCUGUUCCAGGGCUCAGAAUCCGCCAAGGAAAAGGAAAUCAGGAAUGGCAAAUAAACAGGCUAAAGAGAAGCAGCAGAAGAGACAAGAGUCUAGCACAAGGCUCAUGAUGUCCAGGUUAGACAUGGAAGAGGCAUUGGUGGAUCUGCAGCUACAUACAGAAGCCCAGGUUCAGAUGGUGCAGAGCUGGAAAGAGCUGGCUGACUUUACCUGCGCGUUUACAAAGGCUGUGGCUGAAGCUCCCUUCAAGAAGCUCCGGGAUCAAACCAGCUUUUCCUUCUGCCUGGAGAAAGACUGGGCUGGAGGGAUGAAAGUGGACCCAGCUGGUAGGGGACUUGCAGCGAUCUGGAGGAGGCAGAUUCAGCAGCUGAACCGAGUCAGUCUGGAAACGGCCAGCACUAUUGUGGACGCCUAUCCCUCACCACGGCUCCUGGUGCAGGCUUAUCAGCGGUGUUUUUCUGAGCAAGAACGUCAGAACUUGCUGGCUGACAUACAGGUACGCCGUGGAGAAGGUGUGACAUCUACCUCCCGCCGUGUUGGGCCAGAACUAUCCAGGCGGCUCUACCUUCAUAUGACUACACUACAACCAGACCUCAUCCUAGACAGUGUUGACUGACAUCCGCAGCAACAGGGAACUUCCCCAUCCUUGACCUGACAGCAGAGAGGG